ACCGACCCCCCCCUCGGCUGCCGGCGGAACGAGCGGCUCGGGCCCCUCCCUUCCCCGCCUGCUCCCCUCCCUCCCGGGCCUCGGGAAGGUGAUGGCCCGCGGCCCCAGCUGAGCGUCCGCGGGGCCCUCUCUGGCCAUGGGCUGCAUCGGCUCCCGGAGCCCCGCGGCGUUUCUGGGGACCACCAGCUGGCUGAGGCUCGGGGACAGAGACGGCUGCUCCGGCUAAAGUGGCUGCUGACCCCAAGUUGGGUGUGGACUGGAUAGAGCUACCUCGAGUCCUGGGGCUCUCCCAUCGGCAACCUGCGAGGACCCUGCUUGGGUGGGGCCGACCCUCCCACCCGCCAUCUGUGGACAGUCAGGAUUUAUCCGAGGUGGAUGUUGAAGACACUGUCGAAAUGCUUCCCAAGUCUCGGAGAGCGCUCACCAUUCAGGAGAUCGCUGCCUUGGCCCGCUCUUCCCUGCACGGAAUUUCCCAGGCGGUGAAGGACCACGUGACCAAGCCUACCGCCAUGGCUCAGGGCCGAGUUGCCCACCUCAUUGAAUGGAAGGGCUGGAGCAAGCCUAGAGAUUCACCUUCUGCCCUGGAGUCUGCCUUCUCCUCCUACUCGGACCUCAGUGAAGGGGAGCAGGAAGCUCGCUUUGCAGCAGGCGUGGCUGAGCAGUUCGCCAUUGCUGAAGCCAAGCUUCGUGCGUGGUCCUCCGUGGAUGGGGAGGACUCCACAGAUGAAUCUUACGAUGAGGAUUUUGCUGCAGGAGCUGACAGCCCUCAGCCUGCUGACAUCUCUGGGCAGCUGGGGCCACAUCUCCAGGACCUCCUUACGGGGCGGCGCUAUUCGCGACCCUUGCGUCAGGGCUCCUGCGACCCUGAGAGCGACUCCUCGCAGACCGUGUCUCCAGAGACCCUGUGCUCCAGCUUGUGUAGCCUGGAGGACGGGUUGCUGGGCUCCCCGGCCCAUCUGGCCACCAAGUUGCUAACCGAAGAGCUGCUCCUCUCCAAACUGCCCCCGAGCAGGGAAAGUGCCUUCCAGAGCCUGGGCCCCUUGGAGCGCCGGGACUCGCUCUAUUCUGUGUCCUACACGGAGUCCUGCCUGUCGCCCGCGGAGGAUGAGUCCAUAGCCUGCAAGGACUGCCAGCCGCUGUGCCCCCCUCCGGGGGGCAGCUGGGAGUUGCGGCGGAAAGUAUCUGACGUGGCCUCCUCCGGGGUGGUGUCCCUGGAGGAGAACGAGGCUGAGCCUGAGGAGCAGUGAACCUGUGGCUCGCGGCAUGCUUGCCUUGGCCUUGGCCUUGGCUGGGGGGCAGGGCCCUCCGCGUCCUGGCCCGGCUCAGGGCCACCUCCGGUGGGGGAGGCAUGAGGCUUCCGGGCGGAGCCCCAGUGCCCAGAUGGGGCUCCCGCUCCUCCAUUGUCUGUUUUGCAUGAAAGUGUUUGGAGAGGAGCUGGGGGCCAGGGGCCAGGGACGCAUGCUCUGCCCCGACUCUGGGGGUUUGCCGGGGGUUGCCCGGGACCCCUUGAGGCAUUGCUCCAGCUAUGGCAGACAGUCAUGUCCGUGUUCUUAAACAAGACAAAACAAAACGUGGUUACACAUACCUCCUCUUCGCCUCCACCCUUCCCCAGAGAGAGGUGACCCCCCCAAGGGGGGUGCUUCUCCCGACUGGGACUAUUCUAUAGGAGAAAGAGAAGGUUCUCUUCUCUCACUCUCCUUCCCACGCUCCACCCCAGCCCCUGCCUCCAUUCUCUUCCUUAUCACCUGUCACUCCCACCCCAUUCCAAACGCUGUGCUUGAGUGAGUGACCAUCCCCCCACAGCUGGGCUGGCUCCCUGGAGUCCUUGGACUGGGGGUCCCCAGCCCAGCUGAGUUUGUGUUGUGCCAUGCUCUGUGCUUGGAGGCUUGUUUUUCCUCAUCUUUGCUAAAUCUUUCCCCCAAAGAAAUGGGGUCUCUGGUCUAUUCUUUCAGUCUUGGCCCUGCCUUGGAGGGGAAAGUACAGGAAUUGCAGAAAACAAGGCACCAGUUUUCCCUGCCAGCCCUCAUCUCCUUCUCUCCUCUCAGUCAUAGAGACAGCACGAGACAGGGGGGAGCAUCUGCAGCUGGAGCCAGACAACCUGGGUUCAGAUUCUGCCUUUUGAUGCUUACUUCUUGUAUGACCCUGGCCAAGUCAUUUCACCUCUGGGCAAAAUGAGGGGGUUAGACUAGAUGGAUUUUACAGUCUCCCAGUUCUAACUCUGGAUUUCAUGAUUUCUGCCUAUAUUUCCUUUUCUCUGUCUGCCCCCUCCCUCAACCACCCUCCCUCCCUCCAUCCAGUUUCAUACCCUUGUUGGGCCCUGGCUUCUAGUCUCCUUCCCACCUUCUCAUUUCUUCUUUCCCCUGUAUUGGGUGCACCCUGGGGAUGAGGACUGGGGGAGCAGGCCCCUUGUACCUCUUCUCCCUCCCAUCUUCCAGCACAUGGAACUGGGGGAAAGGUGUGUGUGGUAUGUGCAGGACAAAACCCUGGGCCAAGAAACUUCAUCAGGUUCCUAGGAAGGCAGGGCUUGGCAGGAGUGAAAUCCUGCCUCCAAGGGCUAGAGCUGGACCAGGAGUGACUGGAAGCUCAGCCAGUUGGGAGGGUGGCUUCUUGGGGCAGGGUGAUCAUCUUUCAGAGGUACCAGGAAAGGUGGACCUGAACUUGGGCCCCCACCUGGAGCCUGUGGCUGGGCCAGGGCAUCACCGGUAGGUGUCCAAGGACAGAGCCCUGCGGAAAUCUACUUGAGAUGUUGGCAGACCAGGCCCUGGAGGCACGGCACUCAGAAUGUGGCCAGGGCAAGGGCAUGGGAACAGACAUUCCAGGCUUGAGUGGCUCAUUAGGGGUUUAUUUUGUUCUCUUUAAGAAUCUGUUUUAUUAAAUUAAUAUAAAAAUCUUUGUAAAUCUCUA